AUGGACAUCAAAGCAUAUUUUGAAAGAAUUGGUUAUGAGAACUUCAGGAAGAAGUUGGACUUGGAAACAUUAACUGACGUUCUUCAGCACCAGAUCCGAGCUGUUCCCUUCAAGAACCUUAACAUACAUUGUGGGGAACCCAUGGAGUUGGGCUUACAGGCCGUUUUCGAUCACAUUGUGAGAAGGAAGCGUGGAGGGUGGUGUCUCCAGGUCAAUCAACUUCUGUACUGGGCUCUGAGCACAAUGGGCUUUGAGACCACAAUGUUGGGCGGGUAUGUUUACAUCACUCAGACUGAACAAUACAGCAGUGGCAUGGUUCACCUGGUAUUGCAGGUGACCAUUGGUAGCAAGAAGUACCUCGUUUGUGCUGGAUUUGGUGCCUCCUACCAGAUGUGGGAGCCUCUGGAGUUAGUUUCUGGGCAGGAUCACCCUCAGGUGCCUUGUGUCUUCCGUCUGACAGAAGAGGAUGGAAUCUGGUACCUGGACCAGAUCAGGAGAGAGCAGUAUGUUCCCAAUGAAGACUUUCUUAAUUCUGAUCUCCUGGAAAAGAACACAUACCAAAAACUCUAUUCCUUUACUCUUGAACCUCGAACAAUUGAAGAUUUUGAGUCUAUGAAUAUUUACCUGCAGGAAUCUCCAGCAUCUGUGUUUACAAGCACAUCACUUUGUUUCUUGCAGACCCCAGAAGGAGUCCACUGUUUAGUGGGCUUCACCCUCACCUAUAGGAGAUUCAAUUAUAAGGACAAUGUAGAUCUGGUAGAGGUUAAGACUCUGGAUGAGGAAGGAAUAGAAGAAGUGCUGAAUAAUAUGUAA